UACCAGUCUCACAUUGAACAUUGGUGCGUGAAGACGACUUGACGGUCCGUCUGACAGCGAAAUACGCGCGAAAACUUAGUGGAACACACAAUUUAAAAACCAGCCAGUACUUACCUGAUUUGUUUAAAAACUUUUUGGAACAGUGAUUGGAAUAACUUUUUAAUAACGUGCAACUUUUUGUUUGGUUUAAAAAGUUUCGUGGAUUUUUUUUGUUGUUUUUGGUUCGUCGGAUCUACUUAUUGAUAUCAAUCACCAAUCAAGAAUGAUCGACCGAAUAUAAAAACAAUGGUGGAAUCUCCUAUCGUCAAUUUCUUACAACAAACACAAACAGAUUGUAUUGUAUGAAUAACAGCAUGAGACAAACUGAGCCUAAUAUACAGAUAAAUAACAUAAAACAUAACAAAUAUGAUAGCACAACCAAACCUAAAUGGUUUAUGAUGACAAGUUAAGAACAAAAAGGAAUUAUGACCGACCUAUGGGUUACCGAUAGUCCGACGAACAAUGACACAUUCAGCACAACCAGCGAUGAAUUCCAAAACAUUACGACGACCGACCCUAUCGAGGAUAAAGCGAUUCAAGCGGCUUUCUGCACAGCAUACACAAUUAUAUUCGUAGUAGGAAUCUUUGGGAACGCUCUCGUAUGCUAUGCUGUCAUCAGGAACAGAGCUAUGCAAACCGUCACUAAUCUCUUCAUCACGAACCUCGCAUUAUCAGAUAUCCUACUAUGUGUGUUUGCUGUACCAUUUACUCCACUUUACACGUUCCUCGGCAGAUGGGUGUUCGGAGGCCCGCUAUGCCAUAUUAUGCCUUAUGCACAAGGAUGUAGCGUCUACAUUUCUACGUUAACAUUGACGUCUAUAGCUAUAGAUAGAUUCUUCGUCAUCAUCUACCCCUUCAAACCUCGCAUGAAGAUCAAAACCUGUAUUUGCCUGAUUGUAUUUAUUUGGGUGUUCUCUCUAUCUGUGACCUUUCCCUACGGCUACUACAUGGCCCUCCAAGAUGUGUACUGCGCAGAGAAAUGGCCUUCAGACCAAAUCCGUAAGGCGUUCGGCGCAGUCACUACUAUAAUGCAGUUUGUAGUCCCCUUCAUUGUUAUGGCUUUUUGCUAUACAUGUGUUAGUAUAAAAUUGAAUGAUAGAUUAAAAUCUAGACCUGGGAGUAAGAAUAGUAAGAAGGAAGACGCGGAGAGAGAAAGGAAGCGAAGAACAAACAGAAUGUUGAUAGCAAUGGUGGCCAUAUUUGGGUUGUCAUGGCUUCCUUUGAACCUAAUAAAUAUAAGUAGUGACUUCUAUUCACUGGCAGAAGACUGGAGAUAUUACAUGGUGUUAUUUUUCGUAGCGCACUUCAUCGCUAUGUCUUCCACUUGUUACAACCCGUUCCUCUACGCGUGGUUGAACGAGAACUUCAGAAAGGAGUUCAUGCAGAUACUGCCGUGUCUAGGAGCACUCGUCACUAAGAGAUCUAAGAGGAAGUUCAACCAGUCAGAGAGGACAGGUAUGUUUCGUUCAGAGAAAACUUGCAACGGUAACGAUACCGUGCAAGAGUCGCUCUUGACAUCCACAGUUAGUAAAAUACCCUCAGUUAGAUAUAAAAUAGAAUUAAAUGAUAAAUUAAAGGUGUAUGAAGACGAUGGAGUGGAGAAUAUAAGUCCUGAUGAGAAGCCGGAGGACAAUCCGAGUCCUAACGAAGACUGUGUUAAUAUGUAUAUGUUUGUAGAUAAAACUGUAAAUACUUCGGAUAAGGAGCCUAUCGUGUCUGCGCUGUAGAUAUCGUGGUAACACAUUGCAGUGACCUCCUUUCCAAAGAAAAAAGAAAAAGAUAAAGGUGUAUUUUCAUUAGUGUUUUGACAUUAAAAAGAACUUUAGUGGAAGUGAAGUUUUUAAAUAUACCUACUUUUAUCAUUUGAGUAAAUGAUUGUGAUAUAUAAUAUCUAAUGUUAUUGUUUGGGCAUUUUUCUCAAUAUGUCUUCAUUGUUAUGCCAAAUGGAACUUAGUUCUAAAUACUUAUGUUUUGUUUUUAUUACCAAAUAUUUAUAACUGUAUGAUAAUAUUUUCAGUAAUAUCAAAGAGAGUAACGAUGUAAAAAUAUAUAAAAAUUAUUCAUGUAUAAGAAUGUAUGUAAAUAGAGACGAUAAGUAUACGAAUGUACAGUGUAGCCAAAAAUAUGUGUAGUGUACAUAAACUAUAUAAUAAAACUAAGAAUAAAAGUAUUUACGUCAAUUAUGUAGUUCGAUAAUGAACUUUGAGCCCAUUGACGAAGGUACUUUUUUCUAUAAAUGUAUAGUCAUUAGAUUUAGGGAGUUUACAGUAGCGAUGUGUUUAGCUAAAAAUAUUUUUGUAAUGUAAAUGGUGAAUUAAAAAUGUUAAUAAAAGCAAAAUGCCUUGUAAUUAAUGUCAAUGGAUGAAAUACGUGCAAUUCGCUGUCGUUAUAUUAAUAAAGUGUACCAAAGAUA